UGUGGUCGCUCAGGAGGGGAUACUCUUACUCGUUUUCAUUGUAGCACAACAAAACCAUGUUUUUUUUCUCCUGGUUUUGUCUCCGCUUCAGACCUCCCGCAGAUCAGCUGAUUCUUUUUUUUCCUCCCACCCCCUUAUUCUCUCUCCUUAUUUCUUAUCCUCAUCUCCCGGCGAGGAGCGGCUGCAACGAUGCCGCCGCUGCGCUUUAGACUGGUAGAUGAGGAGCUAAUAACAGAACACCAGCAACAACAACACGAGACAGUGCCAUCGCUGCUGGAGCGACACCUCAAUGUGGACUAGUUAAAUCCUGAGGUCGUCGCAUGGCGGAUGAUGCGCCGAGCGCGCACUUUGAGAGGAACGCACCUGCCGUGAAGACAAUCCCUCCACAUGGACAGCUGUAACCCCGGACCCGGGGCAUCGCCGCCGUGCACGGAGCUCUGAUCCAUCACGCUGACUCCAACCCACCCCGGAUGACGGCGGGAUGACAGCUGAUGGCCCCUCCUCUCCCUGGACGGGGAUAAAAACGCGCUCCAUCUGAACCUGGAGUCUCCUGACGGGAACAAUAGCGCGCAGCGCAGAGAGAGCGCCGUCUCCCCCAUCAGGACCACUUGGCACCAGACACUCCCGCCUUCUUCUAAUUUAAUUUAUGUCCCUUUUUAACGAUUAAAGCAUCUCCACGAGGAAAGUGCAUGUCUCCCUCUUUGAUACUUUGAGCUCAAUAUCCUAAUGGCCGGAGGGGAUGAUCCUUGAGUAGCCGAUAAAAUAAUCAAACAAGGGCUUGAGCCGCCGGGGGGAUUUGUUAAGAUUAUCGCCACAGCGCUAUUUUGUCCCACACUUCUGGCUGAAUUUGACAGCUUUUUAAUCUGCACCGUAGCCCUUUUUUUUUUUUUUUUCCUGGGAUGCCUGUUUAACAGCUGCGAUAUUAACCUGGAAAGGGGAAGGGGAAGGGGAAGGGGGGGAGAUGAGCCUGAGACUGGGACCUGGAUCCGGCUGUAGUCCGCACCUCCCCUCGCUCUUCAGGAGGCUGCCCGGGAUGCGCUCGCCCUGAGCACGGAGGAGAGAAAAAAACAAGCAGGAAAACACAACUCAGCAGCGCCUUUUCCCCCAGCAGAGCCGUUUUUACUCUCUACCGGGCUGCCACCGGAGGAUGUUUCAGCAAGGAUGCUGCGCUUCCCCGUGAAGAAGAUCCGGAAGCAGUUCAAGCUUCUGCUGCUGCUGGUGCUGCUCACAUCAGCCGUGUGGUUCACCUACCUGCACAUCAACCAGGGCAAGACCAUCAAACUACACUUCAACUACGGAAAAGAUGGAGAGAGACAGACGGAGGGGACGGACGCCAGUCGAAAGAGGGACACUCGCUCCUCCGCCGGACAUCACAAGGGCGAGGACACCAGUGACAGCAGGGAGGACGAGGCAGGAGAUGAUGAGCCAAUCACUGGAGGCGCUGAGGGCAGAGACCAAACCCACGUCCGAAGAUUCCUCAGCCAGCACCACCAGAAAUUACCAUGGAAACCAGAGUACAAGGGUCAGGCCAACCUCCAUGUGUUUGAGGACUGGUGUGGCUCUUCUAUCAUCCAACUCAGAAAGAACCUGCACUUCCCUCUCUAUCCUCAUACAAGAACCACAGUGAAGAAGCUGGCAGUGGCUCCAAAGUGGAAGAACUACGGCCUGAGAAUAUUUGGCUUCCUUCAUCCUUACAGAGACGGUGAUUUCCAGUUCUCGGUGUCGUCCGAUGAUAACUCUGAGUUCUGGUUGAGUCCUGAUGAGAGCCCGCUCAACGCCAGGCUGCUGGUUUAUGUAGGACAGCUGGGUACAGAGUGGACUGCUCCAGGCGAAUUCAACAAGUUCAGGUCCCAGUCCUCUAAAUCUGUACACCUUAUCUCAUCAAGAAGAUACUACUUUGAGAUCCUUCAUAAGCAGGAUGACAAGGGCUCAGAUCAUGUGGAGGUUGGGUGGCGUCCAUUUCUGCCUGGUCUGAAAUAUGAAGUGAUAGACUCAGCCUACAUCUCCCUGUACACAGAUGAGUCCAAUUUGAAGAUGAACAGUGUGGACCACAUCCCACAGACCUUGGCCAGUCACAUCCAUCUCCCACAGGAGCCUCGGGGUCCGAAGGGAGCCCAUGCCAUGCUGCACGGGGCUGAUAUGCUGAAGCCAGAUCCCAGGGACACCUUCUACAGCAUCCCUAUGAUUAACCCCUCCCGUCUGGAAAACGUUCUUCCGGCUUGCCUCUACUCUCCAACCUACGUAGUCAAAGAUUUUCCCAUCGCCAGAUACCAAGGGCUGCAGUUUGUCUACCUAUCUUUUGUUUACCCUAAUGACUUCACACGGCUCACCCACAUGGAGCGAGAGAACAAGUGUUUCUACAGAGAGUCCCCUAUGUACUUGGAGAAGUUUGGUUUCUACAAAUAUAUGAAGAUGGAUGAAGAAGAAGAGGACAGAUCGUUCUUUUUUCCCAAUCCAGAUGAUUUUUUAGAGGAAGAAGAGGUGGUGGACACAGAGGAUGAGGCAGAAAUUGUUGGCACGCAGUCGCCCAAAAGACCCUCUCAUCCCAGUCAGACCAGCCAUACCUCCAACCCCUCCCAUCAGCACUCAAAGACUGGGGCCACACCAGUGGGCAGGGAGGAGGAGGAGGAGGAGGAGGAGGAGGAGGAGGAGGCGGAAGGAGCCCCCGAUCAAGAGCAAGAGGGACCAGUCGACAUUGUCAUACGCCGCAGAGAAAAGAGACAAUUCCAGCACAGAUAUCGGCAGAUGGGGAGGGUUCUGAACAGAGACUGGGGGAGAGAUCAGACCCAGAGAGAUGUGGGACAGGACACCACGAGUGACCGUGAGAAAGAUCUGCCCAGGACUUUCCAGCCUGAUGCAGACAGUAUUAUCAAGAGUCGCUCUUUGUCCUGGGUCCACAAUGGCGCUGCAGACCUGGACUCCAUUAAAAAAGGUGGCGGAGGAAAAGAGACAGGUGGUGAGACUCCACAUAAACUUAGCAAGUCUUCACUUCUCUUCCCCCAAAAGUCCCCUCUCUCCGCCCUUGCCUACCGAGCCAAGCAAAUCCUCAGCAACUCCGCCCAUAACAACCGCCCCCAUAAUAACAGCAACAAACCUGCUGGGAACAAGAAGGAGAAGAGGGAGGAGAACAAGAUCUACAUCACCCGGCCCCGGCCUGCUAAGGAGAGAGUGAAGGAGAGGGAGCAGCGGAGAGAGAGGAAGGAGGAGAAGGGGUCUCGGCACCCUAGAGAGAUUUUCCCAGGGGUCUUCUUGUACCAAACUGGGAAGACCACUAGACUGGUCAACCUGGGUGUUAAAGGACAUGCUGGGGAAGGGGUAACAGGGACUAGGCGCCUCAUUAGUGCCUCUCAGCUCUGGCCUAACCCCCCCGGAAAAGAAGAAAAGGCAUCGAUUCGCAAUGAAAGCACCAACAUUCAGAGAGAAAGUGCUCUGAAAUCUGCCAGCAAAGCAGCCGUGGCAAAGCAACUGGAGAAAAGUAAGAGGAAAGGGGAGUCCCGGGACUUCAGGACUACUGCCACAGCUGACCUGCCCAACAAAGAACUCCUGAUCCCAUCUUCUGAUCGCCAAGACGCCCCCCCACCUCCAGCCACCCUGCCAAGGUCAAACACAACAGGAGACACAUUCCAUGGUCCUUUACAGGUCACGUCGUACCUCAGAACCUCAGAGAUCACUGAGUCCCAGCAGCAGCCAGACCCCAAGUCCAACCCUGCAGACCCUGAUCCAGAAACAAACCACUCCAAUCCUGACCCUGACCCUGAUCCAGAGCCAGAACCAGAGGAGGGAGAGGUGUCGGACUACAGCUACGAGGAGGUUGAGAUUCGUCCAGGUUGGGCGGAGGAGAGCAUCAACUGGCAGAGGACGUUCUCAGUUAACCCGAUGGACUUCGAGCUGCUGCGUUCUGAUUGGAACGACCUUCGCUGCAAUGUAUCUGGCAAUCUACAGCUGGCAGAGAGCGAAGUGGUGGACGUGCUGGCGCAGUACAUGGAGAAGCUCAACGAACGCAACGGAGGCAUCUACACCCUGCUAAGAAUCAUCAACGUUGAGAAGCGCCGCGACUCAGCGAGGGGGAACCGCUACCUGGUGGAGCUGGAACUGAUGGAGAGGGGUCGCACCGUGGUGCGCCUGUCAGAGUACAUCUACCUGCUGCUGCACCGCGGCAGGCAGGGCGAGGAAAGUCUGGAGAACACGGACUCGGCCCCGGCCUCCGCACCAGCCUCGCCUCCCUCAGCGGCCACAACCAGCUUCACGACCCCACCGCCACCCCCUUCUAUCAGGUCCUCCGUCCGGCCGGGGGCAACUCCGUGGAGCACCGCGUAUGCCAAGCCUCUCCUGUGCCAGCCCGUCAUGCUGCAGUGGAGGAGAGACGUCAUGGUGCACUUCGUGGUGCCCGUGAAAAACCAGGCACGCUGGAUACAGCAGUUCAUCUCCGACAUGGAAAACCUUCAUCGGCAGACGAAGGAUGACAACUUCAGCGUCAUCAUUGUGGACUUUGAGAGCGACGACAUGGACGUCGAGCAGGCUCUCCGAGAGAGUAGCGUGCCAAGAUACGAGUAUCUCAGAAGAGAAGGGAACUUUGAGCGAUCGGCAGGACUACAGAUUGGAGUGGACACCAUCGAGGAUAGUCACAGCAUCGUGUUUCUGUGUGAUCUGCACAUCCACUUCCCUCUAAACAUCCUGGAAAGCAUAAGGAAGCACUGUGUGGAAGGACGACUCGCUUUUGCUCCCAUCGUCAUGAGACUCAGCUGCGGUAGUUCACCGCUGGAGCCAAACGGUUACUGGGAGGUAAAUGGUUUUGGCCUAUUUGGAAUCUAUAAGUCUGAUUUCGACAAGGUUGGAGGCAUGAACACGGAGGAGUUCAAAGACCGCUGGGGUGGAGAGGACUGGGAGCUGCUGGACAGGGUGCUGCAGAAUGGUUUGGAAGUUGAGAGACUACGCUUGAGGAACUUUUAUCACUACUAUCACUCCAAAAGAGGCAUGUGGAAUGCUCAGAACAAAAAAACUCCUAAAGGAUAGAGCUCCGUUUUGGUCAGAGCAUUUUAAAACCUGCCUGCAGAUCCACUGUGUGUCAGAGAGAGCCCUGUGGGAGGUCCCCCACUGCCUGAACUCUGCCUUUUUUUGAAACAGGCUCCUAUCAGGGACUCCUCUGUUUUGCCAACAGGUUCUGUCAUUUGUUCAUCUGUGUGAGGAAACGGAGUCAGAACUGAAAGUGUCUGUGGAGGGGGGGGUGUUCUCUCAGCAGACAGACCUGAGUCAUUUCUUUGCCUCACUGACUGAACUACUGCUCGGAGAGAAGAGCUUCUUUUUGAUCUCUGUCUCUCUGUCCUUUUCUGGUGCAAUUUUUUUCAGACAGACUGAAGAGCAGCUGUUGUGUGUGUGUGCGCGCGUGUUUGUGCGUGUGUGUGCAUAUUGGUAUGUAUAUAUAGUUUGUGUGGGUGUGAUUUUGCUGGGAUGUGCUUAUGGUGACAGGAAGCACUUUUUUUUCUAACACGGAGGCGUGAAGAGAAGCUACUGUAAGAUCUUUUUUCUAACAUAGAAGCCUAAUAGAAUGUGUAUCAGAGUAUCAUUCAGAUAGAUGGUGGCGUAGCUCAAGUAGAGGAACUCUGUGUUUGAUAAAGCAGUAUCUCUCAAAGGUAUCACGUACCAGAAAGACUGACGUGCUAAACUUCUAUUUACAACUGACAAUGUGAACCACAAGAAGCUUUCUAAUCAAAGUCCUUUUUUUCCAAACAAAUACUCACAGAUGCAUAAAAUUUAUAUCUUAUUCCGUCUCUCCCUCACACUGUGUACCUCUUAUCCUCCAUUUAUUUCUGAAUUUAUCCUUUCCAAAGUCAUGCAACAUUUUGUUUGAAUACGUGUUGAAAUAUUGCCUUGUUAUGUCAGAUUAAUGAGCUACUUUCAUAUUAGAGCUAGCUAUCGGUUAUGACCUGAUUUAAUUUGUGUUAACUUAAAUUUAUUCUUCAGUUAGUUAUUUAAAAAUAUAUAAAUAUAUUUAUCCUGAAGAAGUAAGGAUGUAGUAACGUUUGGGGUGCUUUUUCAUGUUCAAAAACACUGAAUUUAUGAACAGUUCAGAUGUUUCCUGCAUUUUGUGCCGACUGUCGACGGGAACGUGAAACUGUACAUGUGGCGGGGAGGACAGUGAACUCUUUCUGCCAUCUAAUUUAAUGUCAUAAGGGAAGUGUCGCAUUGCUUGUACUGGAUUUGGGGGAUUUAGGUCUGCCUUUCCACAUUAAAAUACCACAGAUGAGGAGUGCUCAGCUAUCAAAAUCAUCAGCACUCUUAAGCUUGUUUGAAGCUCUACCAGAAAGGAGAACAGUUCAUGUGUCGGACACAAUGUGGCGAGGCCUGGCCGUUUCACAAAUGUGUGCCUUUUUCAGGGUUUGUCUUCUAAGAGUUGCAGAAUUAUUUUAUUGACCAUAGCGGGCAGGGAAAAACAAAAAUACAAUGUUAUUCAUCAGCAGGCUGUGAUGUCAUUGUCAAUUCAGAUACACUGUAAAAUGGGGAAAAUAUUGUUCUCUGUAAUGCAUUAUAGGCACAAUGUUUCUUAUAAUGUCUUAAAUGAGAAAAGGAUGAGAAUGAGCAGUUUUAGAUGGUGUGAAUCACUACUGAGUAAGAACUGAGGGUAUCAGUAGCAGCUACAGUCUGGCAGGACCCCGCCUGCUUCCAUUAUUUUGGCUGGAGACCAGGCUCCUCAUGCCUCUUUAUGCAACAUGGUUCUUUCAAAUAAAAGUUUUUAGGAGAUUCACAAUGCUACAUAAUGAUGGUACAUACUGUAUAUGGUAUAUAUAUAUAUAUAUAUAUAUAUAUAUAUAUAUAUAUAUAUAUAUAUAUAUAUAUAUAUACAGACGUAUGUAUGUAUGUAUGAACGAGAGCUAAUGAUCUGUUAUUUGACGAUUUGAUUGUCAAAAUUCCAUCUAAGAGCCUUUUUUUCCUCUCGCUCUUUCCAGCGUAAAAGGGCCUACACUGUACAUCAAUUAACACUGACAUGGGAUGAGUUAAAAAAUGUUGAAAGACCUAAAAUACAAGUCUAUAUAUGAAAUAAAAAUAAAUGACAAAUAGGAAUAUACAUUCCAAGGUAAUUUCUGUGAAAUUGUUUUGUAGAGAAAAGGUUUUAAGAAUGUAUUGUACUUUUAUUUUGAUUUGUGGUUUUUUGCAAAUAAAAUUUUAU